UAAAAAUCUAUCUAAUUUAUUUGCAUCUCUCAAAUGUUUGUCUUUAUUUUACUAGAAGAUGGCAAGUUCAUCAAAGGAAAAGGCAUAUUGGGGCCUAGAAGAUGUAGAAACUUUUUGUAAGUUGUGCAUUGAACAAAUUGAAAUAGGCAAUCGCCCUGCAAGCAAUAAAAGGGAUGGAUGGACAGUUGUAAUUAACAAGUUUGAGGAGCUGAGAGGCAAAAAGUAUGACAAAAAUCAAAUGAAGAGUAAGUGGGACAAUCUUAAGGAAGAAUACAAAAGAUGGAGGAAAUUGCUUAUCAAUGAAACAGGACUAGAAUGGGAUGCAAGGAAGAAGACCAUAGAUGCAAAUGAUGAAUGGUGGGAGAGGAAAAUUAAGGAGGAUCAUAAGUUUAAGGCUUUUCGAACGAAAGGUAUACAUCCAGAUCUUGAAGUAUUAUUGGAUAGAAUGUUCAGGGGAACAGUUGCCACUGGAAGUGUCACAUGGAAUCCUACACAAGGUUUAGUCAAUAAUGAGGAGAUUGGGGCCUCACAAGCCGAUAUGGGUGAUGGUGCUGGAUCUACUAAUGAUAAUUUAGAGGAUAAUGCAUGUGAAGAUAAUGCGGAUGAAGAUAUUGCUCGACCAAGUCCAAGUAAGAGCAAUAAAAGAGCAGCGCACAGGCAAGUUGGAGGAAAGAAAGGAAAAAAGUUGACUAGACUUGCUAAGUUAGCAUCACAAAUUGAUAGACUUUGCUCAUUUGUUGAAAGUAGGAGUAGUGUAUCAUCUAUUGCAAGGGAGUUUGAUCCUUACAAGGAAAUUAUGCAAACAUUGAAGGCCAUACCCGAGAUUAAGCAAGAUCGAAAGUUGUACUUUUUUGCACUCUCACACUUUUUUGAAAAGAAAGACAAUCGGCAAAUCUUCAUGAACUUGGAUGGAGAUGAAGAAAAAGUGGAGUGGCUCAAGUUCAAGUUGGAAGAGCACAAUAGUCGUCAUUAGGAUGUUAGCUACUUGUUUGAACUCUUUUAUAUUCUAUUUUAUUGUAAUGUGAGACUUA